AUGCCCCCAAUUACCCCACACCGUGUCCACGAUCCUGAUGCUUUUCGCCGAGAGCUAGGCAGUCUGAACCGUGGAUUCGGUCUAGAAAUCCCCAUUCCCAACAAUGCCUCGCCCAUGGCACUGCAGAAUAAGAAAGCCCUGCGAUGGAAAGUGUACAAAGGACUCAAAUUCCUGUACUAUGGCCAUCAAGCACGCUUCUCACCGUUGAUAUCCAAUUUCGACGAGUGGAUGAAUGCGGAGCUUCUGUCUGGCUCUUUACAACAUAAACAGCUCGGGACGGGCCGUAGUCGGCACCGAAGUGAGGAACCUCUUAUUUUAAGCGAUGUCGAUAAAGAGAGGUGUUUGCAUUAUUUGCUUCGUUUGAUCGAUGAUGAGCGGUGGAUGUUGGCUGGUGCGCUUGAACCAACUACCGCCAAAAAUCAACAUUUUCGGGAUGACCUCGCUGAGGAUUUCGAUUCUUUUAAACGGCCACGACUUUCGGAUGAUGAAGAGGAGUUGUUUACUACUGCGCCUAAUUCUCCUGUGAAGGCUGAUAAUGUUUAUACGGCCGCGCCGGAGAGUGGUGCGGCCGUCUCGUUCAAUGUCCCUUCAGACCUGACUUUCAAUGAGAACUUGAACAGGAAUGAGAAUGAGAACGAGGAAUGUGUGUUGGACGGCGAUAGGGUUGAGUUCGCGAAACCUUCUUUGUCUUUUUUAGAGCGAUUGAAUCAAUCUGUUGAUCCGGACAAGAGUUUUGUUUCAAAUGCAGCUGACACGAGCUUUGCGACAUCUGUCGCUUCGGUUUUUACGACAAAUGCUCAUAAAAACGAGUCUCGGGAUGGGUAUAUGAACCAAUCCUUUGUUACUGACAUUACCGAGCCGGAGACUCAAUCUACGUAUGCGGACUCGGUUGUUGAAUUCUGGAUCGAAGAAGAGACCAGGAGGAACUCAUCACAGUCACUCUCACAAUCAAUUAUAGAAACUGAAACCGUUGUUCGCGAGCUUUUGAGGGAGAAACUUGUUAAUAAGCUGCUGGAUUACGGUCCGUUCUCGAGCGACUAUCUCUUCCCCAAGACAGUUCCACUGAGAGCGCGCUAUGAACUAGAAAGAAUUGGACGAGCGUGGAAAGUGCCGUUGGAUAAGAUGCUUCGAGGAGGUCGACUGCCGAUUACCGAUCACGACGAAUUUUGGAAAUGGAUAGCAACGCAUAGUGCGCGACACGGCUCUGUUCCGGAAAGAUCAUCACGCAAAGCUUGGGAUUCUGCUGUGGGAGAUUUCAAGACGGACAGACAUUCUGAAGUGGUUGUGCUGACAGGUGAGCUAGAAUGGUGUUCCAAGUCCGAGCCCGGCAUAUUUUCUCUACAAUUGAAUCCGUUGAAAUCGGAGCGUGCAUGUCGGUUUCACCGUCGGUUUGGAUCUGAUCGAUUCAUGUCCAUUACCAUGCCAGCCCCGACUCGACCCCCUACUUACCUGGGAGCACCCUCCCAACCUUCGAUCUUGCGUCAAAGCAUCGCGUCAUGGCUGACAGGUAAUGAUCAUCGAUGUCUGGGACGUAUUUGGCGGGCAUUCUACGUCGAAGAGAUGAAAUCGAAAAGGAAAGUCAAGGCAGAGCCACGCUUCCGUGUUGAGUUCUUUGCUAUUGACGGCGUAGAUUUUUGCCACAACCCUUACGCGGAACUGGUGCUUGCUGCUCCAAGUCAGCAUAGUGGAAAUCACACGCCCAUGAGCGUUGAGUCUUUACUGUUUGAUUGGCAUAUGCCCCGUUCCUACAACUCUAGGCAGAGCAACUGCAAGCUCUUCCAACGGAUCCAUCUUGGCAUGUCGAAGACAUUCGUCUCAAUAAGCGUGAAGCCCACGCAGAUCCUCCACUUAAGGGACGAUCCGUCACGAACGCAGGUCAUGAAUGAUGGUUGCGCGUUAAUGUCAAGAGCGAUGGCGAAGGAAGUCUGCGAGAAGCUUGGAAUCACCGGUGCCACUCCGUCAACGUUUCAAGCUCGUAUCGCCGGUGCUAAGGGUCUGUGGAUGGUAGCGAGUCAUGGAUUUACCCUCAGUGGCUUUUCUGAAGACGAUGUUUGGAUCCAAAUAUCCGAUUCACAGUUGAAAAUAGAACCGCAUCCGCAGCGGAGGGAGUUUACGCUGGAUGAAGAGCAGCUUACUUUUGAAGUUGUCAACUGGGCAAAGCCAUUGCACCCUGUAGAUCUCAACAUACAGCUUCUUGCAAUCCUUGACUACGGUGGUUGCAGCAGGGAAUACAUAGCUGAACUGACACGGAACGGUAUUCGAAAAUUGUAUACUGACUUUGCGCGGGUGAUUGAGACGGAUUCUAGUGUUGACUGUCGGGCUUUGAUACAGAAACUUCGACCAUCUAGAGAUGUCCGACUGCAAGAACAAUGGAUCACAGAUGAUGCCGAGUCGAUCAUUCGGCUAUGUGAAGCAGGAUUCAGGCCUCGGUCAUUCUAUCCCCUGCGCAAACGACUGCAGGAGUUUAUGCGAUGGCUUGUUGGUCGGCACGUGGAGGGGCUUCAUAUCCAGAUCCCCCUCUCCACGUACGCGUACUGCAUUGCAGACCCAAUAGGGGUGCUCGAACCAGACGAAGUACAUCUUUGUUUUUCGAGCAACUGGCGGGACCCAGACGGUAAUUUUGAAGAUACUGUACUCCAGGGCAUUGACGUUCUGGUAGGUCGCUUGCCAGCUCAUGUGCCUUCUGACAUCCAACGACGCAAAGCAGUUUGGAAAGCCGAGCUGCGGCAUUUCCAGGACGUCAUUGUUUUCUCAUCCAAGGGCGACAUUCCACUAGCUCAUAUGUUGUCUGGUGGUGACUACGACGGUGACACGCCCUGGAUCUGCUGGGAUCCGAACAUCGUGAAGAGCUUCCGAAACUCGGAGCUUCCACAAGAAAAGCCGGCUGAUCAUUUCGGGGUAACGAAGCACUCGGUACCUAUGGCAGAGGUUAAAACGACGGAAGAAUUUUUGCAAGGUACAUUUGAAUUUAAUCUCACCAUGUCGAAUCUAGGUCGGUGUACAGUCGAGCAUGAGAAAAUAGUGUAUGACGAGUCUAUCAACAGCGAAAUCGCAAUAGAGCUGUCCAGCCUACUAAGCCAUCUUGUUGAUGGGCGGAAAGGAGGAGUCCAUCUAUCAGAACAGGCAUGGACACAGUAUCGGAAAACGAUCAGUCCGAAGCACCGCAGCCUUCCAGCCUACCAUCUAGACUCAGAGCGAAGGCCCAAAAAGUCGAACAUUGCCGACUAUCUCAAGUUCUACGUGGCAGGCAAAGAGCGAGAAGCCAUCCUAAUAGAGAUUGAAAAGCGAUUUCCUCAAAUCGAGCAUUGGGAUUCUUUCGACGAGGACCUCACUCGUCCAUGGAACAAAGUCCUCGAAGCAGCCGUGCUCGACAAAUCCGGCGACCUGACCAGAAUUGUUCGUUCGGUCCAGGUAUCUGUUAAGGCAAUAUACAACGAAUGGAAAUCAAACACAGAAACCUUUUCACGUCGAGCCAAAGAAGCCGCAACAGCUGCAAAAUCAAUCCCACUCCCAGAAUCCUCACAUCCUCUCGCAAUGACCUGGCAGCUUGCUCCAAAAGAGUGGCAACGCAUAUUAGCGUCAUCUGCAUACCGAAACCAUGCAGUCUCACCCUUUGCCUUCCACGCCUUUGCUGACAUCCUCUGCGACCUCAAAGCUGCUGCUUCACCAUCUCGGAGGAUUAUCAGUUCUAUUGCGGAUUGUUACCGUUUGGACUCUAGGAUUGUUUCACAGCUUGCGGCUAGUACUGUGGCUAGUGAAAUGGCUGAUGGUGAUGAAUAUAAAGGUGGCGAGGCUAUUGAAGAGCUGAGCUUGCUGGGCGAACUGUCAUAUCUUGAUGAUGGAUUUAAUAUUGAGUAG